AAGGCAGCGCAGAGGGGAGAAUCCCAAGGAGUCAGUGGAAGUGGGUGGAAGCGGCAUUGGCCGACCGCUGCUUCGAACUCCUCGACAAAGACCCUGGACCUCCGCCAGUCUGCAAGGACAUGGGGUGGUUCCAGGGCAAUGUUAAGAUAAUUGCCUGCGAAGACGAGCGCUCUGUGAAGCUUUACAAAGCGGCGGUAGCGCAGGUCGGCGAGGUUUAUGCUGGGGCGAAACUCGUCGCAGUCGACUGGAGCUUGGUGCCCAGCAGACCGAGGGCCAGAAUUUGGGUGCCGGCUACCUUUAAGGAGCCAGAACGCAUCCUCAAGAUGUUGCAGAGAUGCAACCCAGGACUACCAACCUCCGAUUGGAAGGUAGCCAAAGUUGAGACGACACAAGGGCCGACUAACCAGGCAGUUCUCGUUCUCAAUAAAGAGUCGCUGGCCCCGAUAGAGGCAGCAAAAGGAGAGCUAAACUUUGGCUUCAGCUCGGUCACCAUCAAGGCGUACAAAUCGGACGCGGCGGCCGCGGCGCUUCCUGUCGUCAACCCAGACGUGCAGGAUGUCGUUGCGGAGAUCGAAGCGCCUGACGACGAGCUGGAGCCAGACCAGGAAGGCUUCUCCUCAGAGACAGAACUGAUGCUCGACUUCGAGUCAAUGUGCCGAGAGAGAGUCUCAGAUGACUCGGACGCGGACAUCACGGUGGUGGAGAAUCUUGAAGAUGGUCCUAACGAUCCUUCAAAUAAAUCUCCACCACUGUAAAGCAGCAUCGGCUGCUCUCAUACUCCGCCUAGACGCAAGCGGAGCCGACGUAGUCCUGUUCCAGGAGCCUUGGGUGGUAGGAGGCAAGGUCUGUGGAUUAGGGAUGAGGGAAUACAAGAUCAUUGUAUCCCAAAAUGAAGGUAAAAUCCGUACCUGCAUACUUGCUAGAAAGCACCUAAAUAUCUUUCUGCUCCACAAUUAUAGCGAUGGAGAUAACACGGAGGCAAGCCUAGAACUAAGAGGUCAUCAUCUCAGGCUGGUGGCAUCCUAUAUGGCCCACGAGGAGGAUGAUCCUCCGAACGACCUUGUUCGCAAAAUAGCCAGCGACAGCGAAAGGACGGACAAAGACCUACUUAUAGGUUGCGAUGCCAACGCCCACCACACCCAAUGGGGGAGCACGGACACGAAUGUGAGGGAUGCAUUUAAACACAAGAUUGCUCUCGACGAUCAGGAUUUCGACCAUACAACUCAAAAAUUCCAGUAUGGUCAGGAACGGAAGGCCAGAUUGAAAAAAAGUGAUGCAAAAAAACUUAAAUUUUAGUACAUAGUUCAUACAUAUUACAUAUAUACAUUAAAUUCAUUUCAUAUUACAAAUUAAAAAUAUUUUUUAUUACGGAACAAAAUGGGAACGGGUCCAAAAAAAACUCUCGCAAAAACUAUUUCUUGCGAGCCU